AUGGCUCUCGUUAAAGUAGUCAAAAAUCGCGCUUACUUCAAACGCUUCCAAGUUAAAUUCAAGAGACGACGUCUGGGCAAAACUGAUUACUAUGCACGCAAACGUCUAACUGUCCAAGACAAGAAUAAGUACAACACGCCCAAGUAUCGACUUAUUGUGCGUUUUACAAACAAGCGAGUUACUGCACAGAUUGCUUAUUCUCGGAUCCAGGGCGACAUCAUCGUUAACGCUGCUUAUUCUCAUGAGCUUCCACGUUACGGCAUCAAGCUUGGCCUUACCAAUUAUGCUGCUGCUUAUGCAACGGGUCUAUUGUUAGCACGCCGUCAUUUGCAAAAACUGAAACUCGAUUCAGUUUAUAAGGGAAAGGAAGAGGUUGAUGGAGAAUAUUAUGAUGUUGAGGGUAGCAAUCCAAAUCCUGAGUCUCGCUUCUUUGGUUUCGACAAUGAGUCAAAGCAAUAUAAUGCUGAGGCACACCGUGAUCGUAUUUUUGGGAAGCACGUGGCCGAUUACAUGAAAUAUUUGAAGGAGCAAGACGAAGAGGCGUAUAAACGCCAAUUCUCUAAAUUUCUUAAAGAAGGCAUAGAACCAGAUUCGAUUGAGGGUAUUUAUAAGAAAGCUCAUGAGGCGAUUCGUGCUGAUCCUUCACAUACAAAGAAAGAACCAAAGAAGCCUGCAGAGAAGAAACGUUGGAAUGCUAAGAAGUUAACUUUGCGUGAGCGUAAACAUCGUGUCGCCAACAAAAAGGCAUAUUUGUUGCAUUUGAAGGAUUUACAAGGACAGCAAUUGGAAGCUUAA